AUGCCCCUGGGGAGACGCGGAGGCCGGGUGAGCGCGCUGGAGGGCGGCGGGGAGGAAGAGGCGCCCCCCGCGGCGGCCGCAGUGCCCUCGGUGCCUUGGGCGUCUCCACCGCAGCCGGAGGCGGCGGCCGAACAGGUCCUGCUCCGGGGCAUCUUCGAGAUCGGAAGGAGCAGCUGCGACGUGGUGCUGAGCGUGCGGGCUCUCAGGUGGCGGCCCAUCCUACCCGUGCGCCCGGCGGGUGAUUCCAAGUAUGACUUGUUAUGUAAAGAAGAAUUUCUUGAACUCAAGGACAUAUUCUCUGUCAAACUGAAACGACGCUGUUUUGCUAACCAGCAGGGAAAUGGUACUUUAUUGGGUAUCACACUCUUCAUCUGUUUGAAAAAAGAACAAAAUAAAUUAAAGGAUUCUACACUUGAUCUUAUUAAUUUAAGUGAAGACCACUGCAACAUAUGGUUUAGACAGUUCAAGGAAAUUUUGGCAGGUUUUUCAAACAGACCAAAGUCAUUAAAAAUACUCCUUAACCCCCAAAGCCACAAAAAAGAAGCUACCCAGGUCUAUUAUGAGAAGGUUGAACCACUGCUGAAGACUGCAGGAAUAAAGAUUGAUGUAACAAUAACAGAAUAUGAAGGGCACGCUCUGUCACUGCUAAAGGAAUGCGAACUACAGGGAUUUGACGGUGUCGUCUGUGUUGGGGGAGAUGGCUCUGCCAGUGAAGUAGCCCACGCUUUACUGCUGAGAGCCCAGAGGAGCGCAGGCCCGGAGGCGGACGGCACCCUGACUCCUGUCCCGGCACAGCUGCCCCUGGGCAUAAUACCAGCAGGCUCUACUAAUGUAUUGGCACAUUCUCUUCAUGGAAUUGCUCACGUGGUAACUGCAACUUUGCAUAUUAUAAUGGGGCACAUACAACCAGUUGAUGUCUGCACCUUCAGCACUGCUGGCAGGCUUCUUCGCUUUGGCUUCUCAGCCAUGUUUGGCUUUGGUGGAAGAACUUUGGCUCUGGCAGAAAAACAUCGAUGGAUGUCCCCUAACCAACGGAGGGAUUUUGCUGUAAUUAAGGCACUGGCAAAACUUAAGCCAGAGGACUGUGAAAUAUCAUUUUUACCAUUGAACAGCUCUCCAGAUUUUCCAGAACGGAGUGAAGAGGGAUCUCCCAAAUCUAACUGUAACACUCAGUGGCAAAUGAUCCAGGGGCAGUUCUUGAAUGUCAGCAUUAUGGCAAUUCCUUGCCUGUGUUCUGUGGCACCUAGAGGGUUGGCACCUUAUACCAGAUUAAAUAAUGGAAGUAUGGCUCUUAUAAUUGCACGGAACACUUCUAGGCCAGAAUUUAUAAAACAUCUGAAAAGAUAUGCCAGUGUUAAAAACCAGUUCAAUUUUCCAUUCAUUGAGACUUACACUGUUGAAGAAGUAAAAGUUUACCCAAGGAAUAAAACCAGUGCUUACAAUCCAGAGGAGGAUGAUCAACCAAAUGAAACUGCUUCAGAAACCAGUUUCCCUUGGAAUGUGGAUGGUGAUUUAAUGGAAGUCACAUCAGAGGUCCACAUAAAAUUGCAUCCAAGACUUAUCAAUCUUUAUGGAGAAAGUAUGGAAGAAAUGAAAGAUGCCAAAGUAACAUGUAAUUGUUUAUAACAGAAACAUAUGCACUAGAAUUUUAAUAUGAAGGGAUAUGGUCACAUUUUAAA